UUCGAGUAUAGCGCUUAAUUCAUGAAGAAGCGACGUGGGUCCAGAAAAAAGGGAUCCUCAGAUGAAUUAUUUUUCGAUCACGAGGACGAUUGUGACAUAACCGAUGUCAAUUUACUGCGAUUGACGCAUGGUAGUUCAAAAACUAAGCGUCGCAAACGCAAGAAGACGAUAAAGAAACUUGAACAAAUUCAGUUCCUUAAUGUCUGUGACGAAUAUUUAACUACCAAGUCACAAGAGCUUCCCAAGGUUCUUCCUGAUGUUAUCCCACACUUCUGUAGCAACCCUGAACUUUUGAAUUUCUUAAGUGCCUUCGUAAACAGCUACAUUGAUGUAUUUGACGUCAAACAGUCCCGCAAAAAGCUAUCGGAGUUUUACGACCCUUCUGCUUACCUUACAUUCCAGAUCGCCCCUUAUGUCUGUCAAUCUUCAUUGGAAAAAUGUUCUGACAAAAGUUACAGACCCAAGUACCGGCCUCUCUGGGGCGUAUAUGAACGUUUUGCUGUUAACAGCUUGCCUGGUGGGUUCCCUCUUCCUUCGUGGGCCUGGUGCGCUGUUAAAGAGGAGUCCAUGCCUCGAAAAUUAAGAAGUCCUAGCCUACCCAAACAGGACAGGAAACUUCUCAAAUCAUUAAAGGGAUACCAAAUGGGACACAUACAAAGAUUAGUGUCUGUUGCUCGUUCAGCUUCUAGCGCUCCCGACCGCUUCAUUUCUAACAUCCCACCCCCACCGAUAGCGCGGACAGAGUGUCGUGGAGGAAAUCAGGUCCUGGGUUUGCUUUGCCGUUUGCCAAAUCUUGUGCAUGUGAGGAAUGACAAGUACUCACAUUUAGAUGUAAUUUGGUCGGAAGUAGGUGAAUACACCAAGCCUGAUUUUUUAGUUACCCUUAGUUUGUGCACGAUACUCAUGUAUUGCAGCAGAACCGCUGCCACAGGAUACUCGCCCUAGUGACUUGGAAGGUAUUUCAGAUCAAUUGUUAGACAUCGCUCCUUAUGGUAGCUAUGCCAUCCGCUUGGUUAACCGGAUGCUUAUAUUACAUCAAAGUGGUAAAAUUGUUCAGGAAGAUUGGUGUAUUAAUCCAUUACCCAGUUCAUAUAUACAGGAAUGUUCACUUGUUAUCACAGAAGUUGUAUCAAGUUUUAUGACGCUGAAAACAUCUACUCCAGUAUCAACUCUCAAAGCAGGUAGUAUACCAGACGAAUCCGUUUGUUCAAGAUUAGUUGAAGAGUUGUCUUCUGCGACGGGAAUGAAUAAAGCUUAUUCUUUACAGUGCUUAACUGAGUGCGGGUUUGAUAUCAAUUCUGCAUUACAUUCAUAUCAAAAAGUCCUUGAAGCUGGACUUUUACCCCCAGAAGCAUUUUCACUGAUUUGACUAUUCACAUCGUAAUUUUGGAAUGUAUCCCACGUUUUGUAAAUAUAUUCUUUUUCACUUUAAA